CGGUAACCCUACAGCCACAGUCGGCAACGAGCCGCGAGUGAGAUAAGUUCUAUUUGUGAAAUUGUGGUGUAAAUCUGUGACGCAAGUUCGUAGUCGGCCGGAGUUCCGCGGAGAUAGACGCGACUGUGUCCCGUUUUUUCGAAUGUUCGUUUGCAAACGACUGUGCGAUUUUUUGUAUUUGUGAUACUGUUCUGAACUAAUAAUUCAUUAUCAUUCGGCGAGGAUUUUGUGUAAACAUUUAUCACUGUGAAUCUAAUAGUUUGUUUUCUUCGUACGAAGGAUGAUUUUUUAGAUAGCGACCAUCUACGACUGAUACCGUUUCAAUGACGAAAUGCGUGAAUGAAGAUACCCUCCCCUUCACACUGAGAUGUACUACCCACCUUUAUUUACCCCAGUAAGGCCUUUUGAUCCUCGGGCCAAUUCAUUGGAAGUACCUGUGGGUCGAGAAAACCCUCUUGACCUAUCUGUCAAAACCAUUCGACCGUCAUCUGAAGCAACCGCUGGAGGAGCUGAUGCUGACGAUUUACUAAUGUUGGAACACAGGAAACUCGCAAGCCUUGCUGCUUCCCAUUCCUUAUCUGCGAUGGGUAGGCAACUAUUAGACCCUUCGCUUUAUCGUUUAGGUUAUGGUGCGGAAGCGGGUGCUGUUAUACCAGGUCUUGCACCACCAUUUUGUUUUGACAGAACAACGGGAGUUGCUGUUCCUACGUCGCUAGCUGGGCAUCAGCUGAUGAGCAGUUUUCUUCAACAGCGUGAGCGUCUGGAACAACAACAGCAGGCUUUUUACGCUGCUCGUAAUUCCGCUGUAGCUCAACAGCAAGCCGCCGUGGCAGCUGCUGCGGCCGCCUAUAUGGAUCCAGCGGCACUUCCAUUACAUUUAAGAAAUGGGCUUACUCAGAGAGAAGCUGCUGCUGCUCUCGCUGCGACAAGAGGACUAUACACACCAGCUCUACCAACACCUAUGGUGCUUCCUGCGUUUUCUUUAUUUACGGAAGACAAAGGCGCAUUCACCUCGCUUCGCCAUCCCGUCAGUACAACAGCAGCAGAAAAAAGUUUUUUAAACGGUGUUGCAGGAGCAUCGCAAUUAGAAGCCGCUAGGUAUGCAGAGCAAUUACAGCGGCUCAGGGAACAACACUUACAGCAGCAUCAAGCUACAGGAAAGUGCAGCAAUGCAUGUUGUGCUUCUGGUGCAUUAAGUGGUUUGGGGCAAACGCCAGUUCCAUGUGCUUGUUGUCCAUCUCAAUCUGCUCUUUGCGCCAGGAGUCCAAUGGGUUGCGCAACCAAAGACCCGACAUCUGCAGCAACAGGCAAAGUUUGUGAUUUCCCACAAACUGGACUUAACUUUCUUCAUCGACCUACUGCAACAACGACUGCCGCUACAACCACCGCCGUUUCUACUUGCAGUGAGUUAAGAUUGUCCGUUUCCAGCCUUUGUACAACUCAAACAUCUACUGAACCCACAACAGUUAGCUCAUCUCGAGAUAAACAUAAUUCAGCUCUACGUGCUCCAUCCAUUUGGAAUGCCGGACUACCAUCUGUAUCGAAUGGAGGUAAAACUGCUUUUUCUGUUCCAAAAAAGAAAGAAAACAGAGAUACAUCUUUACAUUCUUCCAAAGAGCAUAGAUCGUCUGGUAGUAUAAAAGAUAUUCUGAAAGAUAAUCAAAAUAACAAUUCUAAUUCUUAUCCAGUAUCAAAAUGCGACGCUCCGAAAAUAAACUCACAACCUAUUAAAACCGAGAAUUCAAAAAAAAGUAAUGAGAAAAUUUCUGUGUUUCUAAAUGAAGAUUAUACCAGCCGGUAUUAUCAAAGAGAUCCGGCUGAACUCAACUUUAACGUGCAUAAAACAUCUUUUUCAGCAGUUCCCAAAUUUACUACAUGCAAUCCAGCUGUGAAUGGAAAUGACUCGCUUACCACAGUCACAUCGAUUACACCAAUUGUCCCCACUCGAUGCGAAGGUGGAUCGAUUCCGGUGACAAAAAUGCCACCACUUCUUGAAGCUGUGAGACCUUCUGACCUAAGUGCAACGACAGAUCAAUCUCCUGACAUUCCUUCUUCAGUUAGUAGUCCUCAAGGCCCACCACCUCUGAUAGCAGUUUCGAAUGGAACUGAUUUAUCAACAUCAAGUAUAAUCAAAUCCCCCUACAUAUCACAAGAGAUUCCAGCAUCAAUGAGAGUACCGUCCUCCCUUUAUCCUAAUAUACCCAUGACAAUGCCUUCCUAUAAGCAUCAAUCUGAAAACAAACCCAUCGAAUCUUCGAUUAACAAAACUUCCGUUAAAUCACCCAAGAAACCCCAGCCAUCUUCAAAAUAUAAUGGUGUUCCUAUAGGCUUUGUCAAUGGCGAAGUUCCCAUUGCUUUUCCAAAGCCAAUACCUUCCAAGCCAAUUCCUCAUUUACCAACGUCACAUGUUUCACCAAAUGCCACUCAGUUUUCUAGUCAUUAUCGUCCCGCUCAGCAUCAAAUGAAUUUGCAAAAUCACAACGAUUGGAUACCUCACGCCAAUCCCAAUGUAACUAUCGCACCUCAUCCUCAACCCGUUACUACAAGUUCAGUUACAACCACCUCCUCCGCUUCUGUUGCCAACAUACAAAGACCAAAUAAAAUUAAGCAACUUAACUCUCAUGUGAAUGUCAAACGGGAGACUGAGUAUGCUGAUACUGCAAAUGUUCUUCAAUCUCUGCUCAUUAGAUCCGCCCCUGGAACUGAACCCUUAACAUCUUUACCACCUGCUACACUUCAAGAACCUAUUGGUAAUGUGAUUACUUCUUCCACAAACUUACCCCUGUUUGGUAUUGAUUAUCGUUAUCCACACCUGAAUCGUCAAAUGAAUUUAACGAACAAUGGCUUGGACAAUUUGCCUAAAACGACUGGAGAAGGACAUACCACUAUACCUUGUCCAACAACUGUGAUCACAAAUUUUAAAUCUGAAGUUAAAACGGAGUCCUUAAAUUGUUCCUCUUCUAAACACAAAAAGAGGCCAAGUCCUGUGCUGAACAAUGAAGAAAAUGGAGCUAGUAAAAAACGAAUUUUGUCGCCUGAAUUCAAUAUGCCUGUGCCCAGAUAUUCCUUUCAGCCUGCUUUGUAUGCCAAUGAAGCGAACGAAGCACCAGAAUGCCCUUACACCUUUAUUCCUGAUCCUCCUCUUAAUUUCAGUGGUCAGAUUAAAACAGAGGAUAAAAGUCCCUGGCGUGGAAUGUUGUCUAAGCACAUGAAUGUGCCAGCUCCUUGUGAUAUUUCUAAAACACCAGCUUUAGUGCAAGCAAAGUCACCGUCAAAACCUAUCGAACAUCCUUGGGCCCCAAAAGUAGCAGCCUUUCUUCCAAAUCGCAAUUUGCAACAUGUAAAUCAAAUCGUCGAACAGCCGAUAACCGAUCGAUUGAGUGCAAUCCGGGCCCGAAGGAAGCUGAGGAGGAAACUUUUGGCCAGAAUAUACCAGCAGAGGAGGCCUUUAAUGACCGGAAAUGUUGCACCUGAUAGAGAAAUGAUUGAGAAACAACUUGCAGUGAGGUAUGCUCGAAAGUUAUUGUCUCAACUGACUCUGCGAUGGGCCCACAGACGCUACAUUCACAAAUGGUACGCAAUCAAAAGAAAGAGCAUUGGCGGUGUCCUGAGAUUGCAGCGAAAGAAAAAGAAUGGUAAAGUGGUGUAUAAAAUUCGACGUGCCAAAGUGAAGGAAGAGAAGGGAAAGAUAUUGACUGAAGAUGAAAUACAGACUAAGUCAAAAGAUUCCAAUUGCUCUAUUCCUAUCCCUGCUGAAAUGAAGCGUUUAAUGGUUAACAAAGCUUUGGGUGAAACUCCUUUGCAUCGAGCAGCAAGAUUAGGCUAUCCGGAAGCAGUUGCUUAUUGCUUGCAGACAAAAUGUGUUAGUGUAAAUGCCCGUGAUAAUGCAGGUUAUACUCCACUCCAUGAAUGUUGCUCCAGAGGGCAUUUGGAUAUUGCAAGAGCUCUUUUACAAUAUGGUGCAGAUGUAAAUGCAAGUGCUGCUGGUGGCAUUAGGCCUUUACAUGAUGCUGUUGAGAAUGAUCAUGUUGAAAUAGUGAGAUUGUUGCUAUCGUAUGGUGCCGAUCCUACAAUUGCCACUUAUUCUGGUCUGGAACCAAUGAAACUGGCUCGAUCUGCAAUGAUGGCUGAGUUCUUGCAAGGAUUUUUUGCUGACAUCAGCGGCGAAUUGGAUAUCAGGCCUCACUUGCCUUGGAGAUUCUGGGGUUCUGCUAAAUGCCUUGAUCCAGAAGAUUGCGGCUAUGAUAUCUUCAAUGGUGUUCCGUCCGAUUCUGAGGGUGAGGGUGAAGGCGACAACGAUUUCCUGUUUGAAGUGAGUGACUCACCCCACCUACCAACAUUUAGACUUCUCUUCCCUGCUUCAAAUAAUAAGGCGCAAUGUAAUUAUCUCCGCCUUGAUGAUGUCCUGCGUAAACUUUCGACCACUAAGGAAGAAUUCCUUCGUCUGUAUGGACAUAUUGAAAUUCUUUCGCUCCCACGUCACGAAUUCGAAGCCAGUGCCACCUGCAGUCCUCUGCUGACAGGCAAAAUGGAUCCAGCUACCCGUCCGAACAUGAGCAGAAUGUUUGACAACGGAAGUGUGACUGACUUAGUGAAACUCGACAACAGCAUACGAAAAGUGCUCGGCAUCGAAACUAUUUCCGUACGAUAACGAAUACUUUUUUUUUAAACAGAGAAAACUAUUUAAAGCUUUCAUUGUGAUAAAGAAAUAAAUGAAAAGAUUGUGAUGAGAGAGAGAGAGAAAAAGGUAACUACUAGUUCGCCGUAUAUAUGUGAUGGAUAUUUUAUGAACUGAUUCCGUGAAUUCAGUAUUUCUUUUAACUCUCCCUUCUUAUGCAGAGAAAAAUACUGCACUGAAAGAAGAAUAAAAAGUUAUGUUAUUUAUAAUUUCUUUCGUUCAAAAAUAUAAAUUUUAUAUUUAGUAAAUAUGUAAUUAGAAAAAAAUACUAUAUCUCAAGGAUGCCAACUUUUAUGGAUUAGUCGUAUUUUUUACAGAGUGUUGUUAUAAAUACGGAACCAUAGACCUCGUUGCCGGGGAGAACGGUGCUUAUAUGUCCCCCCCCCCUUAAAGAUCAGAAAUCUCUAAGCCCCCUUUAUAUUUCAGACCAUUAAAGGAUCGUGAAUUACUAUCGAUUUAAACUCAUUAAGGCUAAAAAUAUGAAAAAAAUAAUUAAUAUUUUUGACGGUUUUUAGUCCAAGUUAAGAACAUUUUUUUUCUCACGUGUGAAAUUUAGAUAACUAUUCUGACUGAGUAGUUUAAUUUCAUCCCCCUCAGAAAAUAAGUUCCUGCUAAGCCAUUUAUAGAAGGACAAAAUUUUUACAACUUAGAGAUAAAGUCUUAUUUUUUCCGUUCUAACUUACAAUCAAGCAUUUUUUUUUAAUACAUAUAUUUGUUUAUUUAGCAAUUGAUCUGAAUUUCUUUUUAUUUUUUAUUAACCUGUUCGAUAGUCUCUAAACAGAGAUAUAUAUUGAACUUAUUUUAUAGGAUUAAAAAAUGUGUACUCUCUGGAAGGUAAAUUAAAUGUGCCAUUUCGUAUUUUAUCUGUGUUAGUAAAGGAAAAUUUCUUCUUAACAUAGAAAACAUACGUUAUUAAAGAAAAUCAUCUCUACAGGUUGGCAUCCUUUAACACAAAUAGAUUGUAUACUCUACUAGGAAACUCCGGGGCAAUUAUUGGCUAAAUUUAAUGGCUCUUUUUGAGGCAAAAAUCCCAUAUUAAGUUAAUAUGUGUGCAUUAAUUUAUUAAAAAAAAAUAUUUUUAGAGACAAAAAUCUAUUGAUUAACCGCUGAAUUGAUGCAGUAAAUUCCAAAUAAUUUUUAUUACAAUAAAAAAAUUUCUGAAAAGGAAAUAUAAUCAUUCUCUCAAAAAUACAUAUUUGAUAUUUCAAAAUUUUUUAAAAUGGUUUUUGUGAAUUAUUGAUGCCCUGUAGUUUCUACCAAUUAUGUUUCAAAUUAUGUAAAUAUUUUUUUUUUUUAAAUUU